CUGUAACCCGCACAUGGCGGCUCAUCCAGAACAUCCAGACGCUUCCAAAGAGUUCCGACUAUCAGAUAUCAAUUCCCCUCGGUUCUGGAAACUGACCUCUCAUCAAACCCUCAUUCACUGCACGAUAUCGUUCGGGAUUAGCACUGUUGCUGUCUUACACAAGUCACAUGAUCCCAUGCUCUCCGUUCCUUCGAUCACUUUCCGCUCGGUCCCAGACCAAACGGAAUCGACAGGCGGCUGCUCUCCCUCAAAUGUGAAGCCAGAUGUCAAUGGCUGGGUGCCACCUGGGACCUGUGGAUAUCUUUCCCGGCCUUACUACCCGUCCUUAUUUGCAGCUAUUGUCUUCUCCGCCGCCGCCGCCUUCGUCAUAGCGGGCUAUGCGAUAAGAACCGUACGCGCGGCUUCUUGUACGCCAAGAAAGGAACUAGCAUACAGUAGUGUAAAGUUGCUUUCGACUGGGGCCUCACUUUCGGCAUGUCUCUUUGCUGCAUACGUCUUGCGUGCGGUCGGCACGCGACAUCAGCAGGAACCCGCGUUUGUGGCAUUAUCGGACACUGUAGUUCUCAUUUGUCCGAUGCUGGUAUUUGCUUUUGAUUGUUUCGUGCUUUCCAAAAUUGUGAAAGCUGCCGGGCUCGACAUAUCACUAAAUGACCCUCAAACGUGGAUUUUAUCACGCGGUUUCCUCUUCGCAACUACCAAUAUUCUAGCUGAACAGCUUAUCGCCAGUAUACUGAUCGUACCCAAGCGUAAACCAACGGCCUCGAGGGGUGCGUCAGAAACUGCGAUGCUCGGGCUCACACUUUACCUCGCUGGCAUCAGUAUUCAAGCGUUGAUGCUGACCUAUGCCAUAAUUCUUGCUUUCAUCAGCCACAAGAGGCUUGGAGGCAGGGGCUUCGCACCCAAUUCAGCAAGAUUGAUACAUGGUUCUGUGCACCAAAGCCUGAGGCGUUCAACAUCGUACGCCAUGCUAUUUAGCUUAAGCUCAAUUUCUUUGAGAACUGCGUAUCGAAUUAUAGAGCUGUCAGGGCUAUUGAGUGGGACAUUGUUAUUUUUGGCGCACAACGAGUUCUUUUUCUAUGCUUUUGAGUGUCUUCCUGUCUUAGCUGCUAUUGGCACGUGGGCGGUCGUAGACAUCGGGACUCUACUGAACUGUGAGCUGUCUGAUAGUUCGCAGAUACGCACUUAUAAAUAUCAACAGGUCGGAGAAGAACUUCCAGACAGCGAUACCACUGGACUCCCCGUAGCUACUGGGAUAUCAUAG